AUGAGGAAUGUUGUGCUGCUGUUUCUCUUGGGAGCUUUUGGACUUUACUGGACCCAGUACAAGCCCAGUCCCAAACCUGUCAGGACCUCUGUUGUCCAUCUUUUUGAAUGGCGAUGGGUUGACAUUGCUCUUGAAUGUGAAAGGUACUUAGCCCAACAUGGAUUUGCAGGUGUUCAGGUUUCUCCUCCAAAUGAAAACCUUGUAAUUAUGAAUCCUUGGAGACCGUGGUGGGAGAGAUACCAGCCAGUUAGUUAUAAGUUAUGUUCACGCUCUGGAAAUGAAAGCGAGUUCAGAGAUAUGGUGACUAGAUGCAACAAUGUUGGAGUCCAUAUUUACGUGGAUGCUGUAUUCAACCAUAUGCUCAACUCAGCAGCUGGAUCUGGCAACCGUGGAAUCUGUAAGAGCUAUUUCAAUGCAGAACGCCACGAUUUUCCUUCUGUCCCGUAUUCGAGAUUUGAUUUUAAUGAUCCAAUAUGUAAAACACCCAGUGGGGAUAUUGAAAACUACAGUGAUCCUAUUCAGGUUCGUUACUGUCGACUUUAUGGACUCCUUGACCUUUCCCAAUGGAAAGAUGAGGUGCGUUCAAAAAUAAUAGACUUCUUGAACCACCUGAUUGACCUUGGCGUUGCAGGGUUCCGAAUUGAUGCUGCUAAGCACAUAAGGCCCGAGGACAUCAAUGUUAUUUUAAGCAAACUAAAUAACCUCAAUGCCCGAUGGUUCACCAAAGGUUCACGACCUUUCAUCUAUCAAGAGGUAAUUGAUUUGGGUGGUGAAGCCGUCCAAAGCUCUGAAUACUUCAGAAAUGGCCGAGUGACUGAAUUUAAAUAUGGCAUGCAGCUGGGGACUGUCCUUCGGAAAUGGAAUGGACAAAAGAUGGCAAAUUUGAAGAGCUGGGGAGAAAGCUGGCAUAUGAUGCCAUCUGAUAAAGCCUUCGUCUUUGUUGAUAAUCACGACAACCAAAGGGGACAUGGAAGUGGUGGGUCCUCCAUUCUCACUUUUUGGAACCCUAGACUUUAUAAGAUGGCAGUAGGGUUUAUGCUUGCUCAUCCCUAUGGAUUCACACGAAUCAUGUCAAGCUACUGGUGGCCUAGAGAUAUCCAAAAUGGAACGGACUUGAAUGAUUGGGUUGGACCACCAAGCAAUAGUGAUGGAUCCAUUAAACCUGUGACAAUUUAUGCAAAUGAAACUUGUGGCAAUGGCUGGAUCUGUGAGCACCGUUGGGAUGAAAUUUGGAACAUGGUGAUAUUCCGAAAUGUUGUCUAUGGGGAGCCAAUUACAAACUGGUGGGACAACAAUAACAAUCAGGUAGCAUUUGGACGUGCUGGCAAAGGAUUUGUUGUGUUUAACAAUGAUGACAGGAACUUGUCGGUAGUCCUUCCAACUGGUCUUCCUGCUGGGGUUUAUUGUGAUGUCAUUUCAGGACAAAAAGAAGGCAAGGCUUGCACAGGAAUUCAAAUCCAUGUUGCUGCUAAUGGCAUGGCUCAUUUUCAGAUUAAUUACCAAGCAAAGCAUCCGUUCAUUGCAGUUCAUGUUGAAGCCAGAUUGUAA